CGACAUUAGUAUUUUUCAUGAGUAGAUGGACUACACAUAUGCACUAUCAAUCCAAAAUCUGUUUCAUUUAUAUAGUGGGAAGCAAAACAAUAAGCAAGCAGACGAGACAAAGGAGGGGCAGGUAAGCAAGCGCCAGCGAUUCCCCCUCUUCUCAAUUCUCUCUCGCGACAGAUUUCCACUGACAAAGAAAUUCCUGUCUCGCAUCACCAUUACCAUGGAUCCCAGGCCUUCACCAACUCCACAAAAUUCCAAUCAAACCCCCAAUAAACCGAGACAAAGAGACUUUUUGAAUCAUUUAGAGGUUUACCUUGCAAAACGAGAUGGGGUUGACAAGCUCCUCAAGAUCUCACGUUACGCAACCAAGAUCAUCUUAGCUUCAUCCCUCCUCCCGGAAACCUUAAUCUUAACUAAACGACUCAAGAGUUUCGAGUCAAGUGUUGGCCUCAGUCGCAAGGCAUUUCGACUUGGGAAAUUUGUUCAAGAUGUGAACGCCUUGAGGGACUCUCCUUUUGAUACAAAACAAGAAACCAUACUCUCAAUCAUUGCAUAUGGAGGUGAGGGUUUGUAUUAUUUUGUUGAGCAGUUUGUUUGGUUGGCUAAAUCGGGUUUGAUUGAUAGCAAACACUCCAAAAGUUUAGGAAAAGUUAGUGCGUGGGCGGAGUUUGUUGGGUAUAUUGGGAGUAUUUCUUUGAAAUUUAGAGAUUUGAAGAAAUUGAGUGAAGACGAGGUGUGUCUGGAAUCGAGCAUUGGAGUUACUGUCACGAGAGGAGUUGGGUGUCAAGAGGGAGAGAGGAGAUUGUGGAAGCUGAGAGAGAAGAAGUUGAUGAAGAAAUUAUCUAUUGUGCAGGAUUUUGCUGAUGGGUUAAUGGCCUUGGCUGAUAUCCGUGACGGCAGAGGGCGAUUUUCAGGGCCGCUUUUCAUGUCUUGUGCAGGGCUUUUAUCUGCUCUGAUUAGUACUCGUAAGAAUUGGGUCUCUUGCUGAGAUUGACAAUUGCCGCGGAAGCCCUCGGGUACCUCUCUUCUAUUCAACUGUUAUUCCGGCCAAAGUGAUAAACAAUUGGUAGCAAUUGCAAUAGCAUCUGCUCCCCUCUAAGGGUGAUGGCCGGAAAUUGUUCAAACCGAAUGUCACAACAUCAAAUUUCAUUUCAAUAUCUAAAGGCGGUGUAAAGUUUGCCAA